CGGCUCAUUAUCUCUCUCUCCAUCCAAUUUAAGAUUCUCCUUUAAUGCUUUGAAAAGAAAAUCUAAAAAUCGAGAAUAAAAAUCAUAUUCCGUUUUACAAAUUGUAUAUAUAUAUAUAUACAGGGACAUAGGGAGAGAGAAAGCGUUUGGGUACGUGUGAUCGUGAGAGAAACAAACAAAACAAAACAAAACAAAGUCCGUAAGGUUUCUCAUUUCUUUUCCUCCAUUGUCUUCUACUCUUCCUCUGCUGAAAGUUUCGAUAUUUUAGGUUCUGAGUUUUUCGAAAAAGUUUUGAUUUUUAAAUAAAUUUGAUAUUCUAGGUGCGGAAAUUAGUUUCUUCGUGAUUCUGAUAGCAAAAACUGAUGGGUGAAGUAGAAAGUUGGUUUCUUUUAAUCUGAAAACAGUUGGAUGAUCACUGUUAAGCUUCUUGGAGAUUGAAAUUAGGGCUUUUGUUUGUUCUGUUUUCCAAGUUCCGUUUACUUUUGCCUUUGAUUGUUCCGGUUCGAUUUCUCCUGAAUUAGCUAAAUGUGUGUAUAGGCCUUGGUGGCAACGUAUCUGAUGAUGAUGAUGAUGAUGAUGAUGAUGAUGAUGUUGAUGAUGAUUUAUCCCAAAUUAGAUUUUGAUUAGUGUUUAAACUCAGAAGAGUCAAAGUUUAGGGUUUACAGAGAUUGACUCACUCCUUGUUGCUUCUCAAAUUUCUACUGGAUUUUGUCAUCCCCUGUUCCUGAAAACUGUAUCUAAACAUCAAAAUAGAAAAUUUGAUUUCUUGGUGCACUGAAAUUUUCUUCCUCAUCUCUAAUCUAACCAACCAGGACAACUGAAUUCAUCAGGUUUUGGAAGAAAAAAAACAUAUCUUUCUUUGUUGUUGCGAAGAAGAAGCUGAACUAAUACAAAGUGCAGGUGGUUUCAUUUGAUAUCAUCGCAAUGAAUAUCCCAAAUGGAGCUUCCUCGAGACCUAACAAUGUCCAUGCUUCAAGUGAUGCCUUCCUCUUCUCCAGCUCUCUACCUCUUCUCCCUCACCAUAACUUCAAUCCUAGCGAGAACUACCAUCAGCCUGUUGAUGAAAUUGCUUUCAAUGGAGUCAUUGACAAUAUGCUCGAUGAUGAUCGUGACAUACAUCCAUUCGAAAGCUUGCUUCCUGAUGAUGAGGAACAGCUCUUGGCUGGUCUAAUGGAUGAUUUAAACUUAACUUCAUUGCCAGCUACAUUGGAUGACUCAGAAGAUUAUGAUCUGUUCGGUAGUGGAGGAGGUCUUGAAUUAGAGACUGACUUAACUAAGGGCUUCUCAAGAUUGGAUUUUGCUGAUUCCAACGUUGACAAUGGCAUGCUUCAAAGCGUUUUCCAAAAUGGAGUUGGAUCGGUCGCUGGCGAACAUCCUUAUGGUGAACAUCCUUCAAGGACUCUGUUUGUUCGGAAUAUCAAUAGUAACGUCGAUGAUUUGGAAUUGAAAGCUCUUUUUGAGCAAUAUGGAGAUAUCCGAACUCUGUAUACAGCGUGCAAGCAUAGAGGUUUUGUAAUGAUCUCUUAUUACGAUAUCCGUGCUUCUAGAGCAGCUAUGCGAGCUUUACAAAGCAAGCUUCUGAAACGUAGGAAGCUUGAUAUACAUUUCUCAAUCCCCAAGGAUAAUCCAUCCGACAAAGAUGUUAAUCAAGGAACUCUUGUAGUUUUCAACUUGGCUCCAUCAGUUACUAACAAAGACCUCGAGAAUAUAUUUGGAGUUUAUGGCGAGAUCAAGGAGAUAAGGGAAACACCAAAUAAGAGGCAUCACAAAUUUGUUGAAUUUUUUGACGUUAGAUCAGCUGAUGCAGCUCUCAAAGCUUUGAACAGGACUGAAAUUGCUGGAAAGCGUAUAAAGCUUGAACAUAGCCGUCCCGGUGGUGCUCGUCGAAACAUGAUUAUGCAACUGAAUCCGGAAUUCGAGCAAGAUGAUUCCCGCAGCUUCCUGAGUCAUGUCGAUUCGCCUUUAGCCAGUUCUCCUGUAGGGAGUUAUUGGUGUAACAGCCCUAUUGAUCACAAUCCUCUGCAAAGUUUCAGCAAGUCUCCAAGAUUUGGGAGCUUGAGCCCAACAACAAACAUGCGUUUUCAAGAACUCUCUUCGGUUCUGCAUUCUCAAGGAGGAAACCCGACAAAAGCUGCACCGGUGAGCAAUGACCAAGGAAGAAGGACCAGCCACACCAGCCACUUGGAUCACCUGUUUUCAAGCAGCAGCUAUACUAAUGCAAGCCACAGAGCUUCUGCCUUUCCGCAGACGCAGUCGUUUGGAUCUGCUUCCUCGUUUGGUUCUUUGAACUCAAACCCGGGUCACGUGGAAACAUUGUCUGGAUCAGAGUUUCUGUGGGGAAGCCCUGGUUCGUCAGCAUGGACUGUGAAUCCAUUCUUUUCGAACAGAACAGCUCACAGGUCUCCUUACUCGGCUCAAAACGGGUCCCUCCACCAUGUCGGAUCUGCCCCAUCUGGAUUCUUCCCAAGGUCCUCUGAAACUUCAUCAAUGAGUUCAGCGGCUUUCCGAGGAGCAAGCGGUAAUGUGAACAUUCCAAGAAACAUGCGUGAAACUGGAUCCCCAAGUUUCAAAAUGCUGUCUUCCCCAAGACAAAGUCAGUUGUUUAUGGGUAAUGGCUCUUACCCAAGGCCUGUUGCAACGAGGGGUUCCAUUGACGGUCCAUUGGAGGAUGGAAGGAGCCAACAGUUUGAUAGUAGUAACAUUAAUCAAGUAGACAGCAAGAAACAGUUUCAGCUUGACUUGAGUAAGAUAACAAGCGGUGAAGAUUUACGGACAACCUUGAUGAUUAAAAACAUCCCUAAUAAGUAUACCCGGAAGAUGCUGUUAGCUGCCAUCGACGAGACAAACAGAGGAACUUAUGAUUUUCUCUAUCUGCCUAUUGAUUUCAAGAAUAAAUGCAAUGUGGGUUAUGCAUUUAUCAAUAUGGUGUCUCCUACUUUCAUCAUUGCAUUGCACGAGGCCUUUAGUGGGAAAAAAUGGGAUAAGUUCAACAGCGAGAAAGUUGCUUCCUUGGCUUAUGCACGGAUCCAAGGUAAAACCGCACUCAUUGCUCAUUUCCAGAACUCAAGCUUGAUGAACGAGGACAGGCGAUGCCACCCUAUUGUCUUUGAUGGACCAGAAUCUAGUUAUCCGAUCAUCCUGGAGCACUCGCAGCUGAAUUCAUCAGAUUCGACAGCUGCUCAUCCUCUUGCCAGCCAGAGCACUCAUUGAAGAUGGAUUCACUUAUUUCCUCUAGUUAAAACGUAAAUAUACGGUUUCUUGGAUGAGAUGAUGAUGAUAAUGAAAAUGAACAGAAGCAGUCAAAACACUACAUAGCAGUUUUUUAGUUUUUACGGUUUACUUUAGAGUUAGGAAUUGAAACAGUGUCCUUAAAGGCUUUUGUGAUUUCUGGAUUCAGGUGGGAUCCAGACAAGUAACUUGAUGUACACAGUGAUGGUUAAUUUUAUUGAUAAUAAAUCAUGGAAACUUUGUUUGACUGAUGAUAUGAUACAUUUGUUUACAUUCAGAACGUAAAACGUCCAAAUCUUAUCAAAUUUAUAUGCCGUCUAACUCAAAACUUCUACUUAAUGCUUGAAGCAGCCCCUGUUACGCUGGUCUCAACACCUAACCUUGUCUUGACUUGAAGAUCCACUUGAAAGAAACAACGUUCCUCUUCUCGGAUGUAACUCACACUGCCAUUCAUCUGCUCCAGCAGUUUCCGUGAAAGUUUGAGUCCUAACCCAUCAGGCGUCAACCAUCCAUCUCGAGUCUCAAACAUGUCACUUAGCAUCUCUGAAGGAAGUCCUUUUCCAGGAUGUAUCAUCCUGAACUGUAGAUGGAUAUAGCGAUCUUUGUCGCGUGCAAGCUUGUGGCCUGUUGAGAUGUUGAUUCCUACCCAACUAUCUGGAAACGGGGCAUGAUUCACAGUGUUGCGCAGAAGAUCAGCAAGAAUGAGCUGAAGCUUUACUUUGUCACCAUAGAGAGGCAGAGCUUUUAGCUCCUCGGAGACUUCAACCCUGAGUUGUGAGUUCCUCUCUCUCAACAUAAUCAUCACUUGGCUAAUGAUUGUGUCCAAGAUGCUUUCAAGUCGAAACUCCUCUGUUUCCAAUUGCAACUUGCCUUCUUCUAUGCUUUUCAAGUCUGUGUCUUCGAUUAUUGUCGCAAUCUGCUUCUCGCAAGCAUCGCUAGUUUCAAGAAACUGCCUUUGGCUCUCUGAAAUCUCAGAGGAUUCAAGAAGUUUAUGUGCAAAUCGGACCCCGUUGAGAGGAUUCUUGAUUUCUUGCCUUAUGUAAGUUAAUUCAUCAAGGCUUUGAGCGCUCUCUUUCAGUUCUGGGCAGCUCAAACCCGAAACUUCAUUGAUAAUCUGCAAGAAGAAGAAACAUCCGAUGACUUUCUCUUCGGCGUUUGUACUCUUGUUCGCGGUUAAGGAUGCCUCUAUGUACUUCCCUUCCUUGUUAAAGAACCCAACCAGUGAGCACUCUGGAACAUCAUAACCAGCAAUUCCUUGGUACAGAGAGAUCAAGAACUUUGUGAGCGAAUCUUGGCUUUUCACUUUACAGAAAACUCCAAAAACUUCACCGGGUAGCAUUUUCCCAAUCACCUCGUGCUUUGACCAUCCGGUAAGCUUUUCCAUGGCUGCGUUCCACUCAGAACAACAAGCAUUCUCAUCCGAGGCGAAUAUCGGUGGAAUCAACGGGUUUAAGCUCUGGACUAUAGUCUUGUAGUCUCCUUGCAACCUGAUGAAUCUAUCUGUUAUUGCUUUCUCACUAGUGACGUCUUGACCAACGAAGCAGACACCGACGAUUUUCUCUGUAUAGUCCCGGCUCGUGCAGGAGUUAACGAGAACACACACAUCAGAAGAAGGAUCCUGAUGAUCGCUGUGACCAAACUUUUUCAGUUUAAGCAUUACGUUUUUCUCCUCCUCACCUUGUAAGGCUUUGCAUAAGAGACUUUCAAGAGCUGCGCGUGAUUCCUCUUGAACGAUCUCAUCGGCAAGUGACUUUCCCAUGGCUUCACUAGCUUGCAAUCACGUCAUUUCAGCGAGUUUACUGUUCCAACCAUUGAUACAUCCAAAAGAAUCAACCCCAAAGAUAGGCGCAGUCGCGGUUUCAAUCACCCUAACCAUUUCACACACAAAAGAAGUGAGCUCAUUUGCAUCUCUCGCCACAACAUUACCAGACAAUACCGGCCUAGAGCUUGUAAACGACUCUCUUAUUAUAACCCUCAAGGAAUGAAUAGCAUCAAUCUCAGAGUUUUCCCACGGCAAGCUCCUGCUCUUGGCAACUUCAAGAAACGCUUUGAACGAUGACCUCGGAUGCAUUCUCCCUGUAUCAUCUUUAUCCUUUGGAUGAUGUUUAGCUCCUCCCCAUUUGAUUGCACUUGCAGUAUUAGACCUGAACCAGAUCAAGUAGUCUUUCGAAGAGAUUCCCGCGGCAGCCACACCACAAACCGCAUCUCCAAGUGAGACGGCACCAGGAUAUCCUGCAUCCACCAAGCUAUCAGUGGUUAAACCCGUCGAGUCAUCACCAUGAUUCUCCACGAGCCAGUUCACCAAGUUUUUGACUUGUGACUCAUUAGGAGUAACACCGACCAACCAACAUUUCCCCUUGUAAUAUAAAGCGGUUCCAUCGCACUUCACAAGGUCCAUAAUACCUGGGGACUGUGUCACAAUAGCGGAAACAGUAUCGCGGAGAAGCAUAUCGCACAAUAAGGUCUGCGUCUGCAUAGCCUUCUUCUCGGCUAACUGUGAAGCUAAUUGAAGCUCCAUUUGAAGCUGAAGCCCAAAUGCUUGCAUCAGAAACUCACAAGCAUACCGUAACGGGAACAGAACGUAUCUAGGAGAACAAUGGUGACCCACGACUAAUCCCCAAAGCUUGCUUGCAGUUUUGGUCUUGGUCACAAUUGCGAGUACAAGAGAAGCGAUAGAGCCCAUAUUAGCCAUAUACUGCGUGUGGCAGCUAUGAGGAGAUCUUAGUGUAGAAUUGACUAAACAAAGUGGUCUCUUGAGCUGCUCACUCUGAACAACCUUGACCGGAGUUGCAUUGCAAUCACAAAUUAUCCGUACACGGUUCUGUUUGAACAAGAACCGAGCAGCCUGAGGAAUAUCUGUUGCAGGAUAAUGUAAACCCAAGUAAGGCUCUAGAUCAGAUCUUCUGAUCUCGGAAACAACAUCACCAUGAUCAUCUUCAUGAAACUGAUAGACCAUAACACGGUCAUAACCGGUAAGUCUCUGAACAUCUUCCACAACAGUGUCACACAAAGCACCAAUGUCUCCCCCGGGAAGUGACUGCAGCCUAGAAAUGGCCCUAACAGCUAGCUUCUGAGACUGAACUGCACCGGCAAGAGUCAAGGCCGGGUCACCAGAUUUAGCAGGCUCCAAAUCAAUCACAAUCCCUGCAUCGAUCCUGUGAAGUAUAGCGUAAAACGGCAUCUGGGUCGUCCUAGAAUGGACCAAAACCGGAUUCAACAAUGAAAUCUCAGUAAAGGAAGCAGCUUUAGCCAAAGAAGCUCCUGAAGGAGGUGUGAAAAGCGUCCUGGCGUCGAUUCCAAUCAAACCCUUGAUCUUAAACUCGCUGGAAUGAGAGCUCGAAGCAAGAGAUAGACCUAGAAACUCAACACAGUUCUCACUAACACCAAGUAUCCUAAAACUAGGCUCUUCCACAGCAAUCAAACACCCAAAGGGCUGAACAAGGCCGCCUCUUUGGAUUAAAUGGACUGAUCGAAAUCAGCGAAGAGGCCAGCAUCGACGGAGUAUUGAACAGUAUUGGAUUUUUGAGGUCUUGAAUCGCUGCCAAGAGGUUUCAUGUUGCUUACAGCUGAUGAAGAGCUCUCGAAUCCCAUAACUGGAGAGUGAGGAGUGAGUUUCCGAUCAGAGAAGAGGAAGAAGAAGACGAAGAUUAUUCUUUUAUCAUUUGCAGGAGAAUGAAAGAGGAGGAAAAAAAGGUCUGGUUUUUAUAUAUGGGAUUCGUUUUUUCUUUUUCUUUUUAACUCUCAGAUUCUUUCUUUCUCUCUUUCCAUUCACGUUUUGUUUUUCUUGCUUCAAAUGCUUUUUCAGUUUUUCUACUCUGCUUUCAUUCUCUCCCACACGUACAGAGUGUCAGGUGACCACCGAUAAUAA